AUGCCUACACAAUUCGAGCUCAACUACGAUCCAUUUGACUUGAAAAAGACGAGGAAAAUCACGAUUUCCCUACUGAAAGAUGUCAAAAAUGGAGAAGAACUCGCGAGAAAGAUCAAAGAAAAUCCUUCAGCUGCGACGAUUCUUGAUGGAAAACAUUUUGCGGAUCUCUUCGUGAUUCUUGGUGGAAUAAAUCAAGCUCUGAGCAACGAAACCGCAAAUUGUAUGCACGCGAAAAACAUCUACACUGAGGUAAUCUAUUGUUUGAGCCCGAUGAAAAGAAUCGAUGAAACGCUAAAAGUUUUUGGAGUAAAUGCGGAGACAAAACAUAUAUUGGUGAUAUGUUUUGAUGAAGAGCCGGAAAUCCUUUCGAUAAUACAAGCAACGGAGACAACACUGGAAGCACUUCAAUCCUUGGCCGACGAGGCAUCGAUUCGAAAAGUUUAUGAACUUAAAGAUAUUCCCUCGGAUUGUCUCUCAAAUGCAAUUUUGACAAAGAUUAGUUCAAAAGAUACCAAA